AUGCUCACAGGCCCGCAAACAGGAGUCUCAACUCCUCGGUCAUCCUCCUCCCUCCGCCCACUCACCCUCCGCCACGGAUCCCUCGCACAUACUCUCCUCCUUCCUACCGGGCAACAUUUCUUUGCAACUCAAUCAAGAGACCGCUUCACAUCCACCCUUCCAGAACCGACGGACGAACUAGCCCAGGAUGACGAGCCCUCAUCUGUGGCGGAGCUCCUUGCCCGUUAUGUAGGCUACCUGGCAAACGCCGUGGACGAGGAUGAAGACGAAGCAUCGACUUCAUAUCUGGAGGUACUCAAACAAGCUUUGACCGAGUUUGAGCGGGUCUUCUUACUGGGGAACGACAUCCAUGCCUUGGCAGCAUCCCUACCCGGCAUUGCUCAGAAGAAGCUUAUCGUUGUUCAAUCAUACUAUGCUGCUCGUGUCUCUGCGGAGCGGCCGCUUCGAGCUCACGCAUCGGCCCUCUUCAGGGCUGCAGACGAGUCGGAAGCAGGUAUAUACGCCAUUUUUGGCGGGCAAGGCAACAUUGAGGAGUAUUUCGAUGAAUUGCGCGAAGUCUACACAACAUACCCCUCAUUUGUAGAAAGACUGAUGGAAGACUCAGCCAGCCUGCUUCAGACCCUGGCCCGAGAUGCGAGAGCAGAAAAGCUAUACUCAAAAGGCUUGAACAUCAUGCAAUGGCUCCAUCAGCCAGAAUUGCAACCAGAUACCGAUUAUCUCAUCUCCGCCCCAGUGAGCUUGCCCCUCAUUGGCCUGGUACAGUUGGCACAUUACACUGUCACCUGCAAGGCCCUUGGUCUCACGCCUGGUGAAGUACGUGAAUACCUCAGUGGCACUACGGGUCAUUCGCAGGGUGUAGUGACUGCUGCCGCUAUCGCAGCUGCCGACUCGUGGGAGUCUUUUGAGGUGGCUGCGCAGAAGGCUCUGAAGAUACUAUUUUGGAUUGGAUCCCGAAGUCAACAAGCAUAUCCACGAACUUCAUUAGCUCCGACUGUCCUGCAAGAUUCUACAGAAAAUGGCGAAGGGACACCGACGCCCAUGCUGUCAGUUCGAGACUUGUCGAGAUCUGCUCUUCAAGCACAGAUCGACUCCACCAACAACCAUCUUCCUGAAGACCGUCACAUUGCUAUCUCCCUGAUUAACAGCGCGCGAAAUUUCGUCGUUACCGGCCCCCCUCUUUCGCUUUAUGGCCUGAAUCUUCAGCUUCGAAAGGUCAAAGCACCCACAGGUCUCGAUCAAACACGCAUACCAUUUACAGAGCGCAAAGUGCGAUUUGUGAAUAGAUUCCUCCCCAUAACAUCUCCAUUCCACAGCGCUCUCCUCACAGGAGCCUACAACAUUAUUCAGGACGACCUCAAAGAUGUGACACUGAACAUCAAAGAACUUGGAAUUCCGGUCUUCAAUACUUCUACCGGUUCCGACAUUCGAGACGAAGGGAUCGAUAACGUAGUACCUGCCUUAGUCCGUAUGAUCACCCAAGACCCUGUCGAAUGGGAGAAAGCCACUGUGUUCCCCAAAGCUACGCAUCUAGUGGAUUUUGGUCCAGGUGGGAUCUCUGGCCUUGGCGUCCUGACGAACCGGAAUAAAGAAGGGACAGGCGUUAGGGUCAUCCUUGGUGGAUCAAUUGACGGCUCGAACACUGACGUCGGCUACAAAGCUGAACUCUUCGACCGAGAUGAACAGCACGCGGUGAAAUAUGCCGUGGACUGGGUGAAAGAACAUGGCCCGCGUCUUGUUAAAACCUCUGUUGGUCAAACCUUCGUAGACACAAAGAUGAGCCGACUUCUUGGUCUACCGCCCGUAAUGGUCGCUGGUAUGACACCCUGCACUGUGCCGUGGGACUUUGUCGCUGCCACGAUGCGCGCUGGCUAUCAUAUCGAGCUGGCAGGCGGUGGUUACUACAAUGACAAGACCAUGACUGAAGCGAUCACUAAGAUUGAAAACAAUAUUCCAGCUGGUCGCGGUAUCACACUCAACCUAAUUUACGUGAAUCCUCGAGCAAUGGCCUGGCAGAUACCUUUGAUCAAACAGCUGCGCGCAGACGGUUUCCCGGUUGAAGGUCUUACGAUUGGUGCCGGCGUCCCGUCGAUCGAGAUCGCAAACGAGUAUAUUAUGGACCUGGGAAUCAAGCACAUUGCUUUCAAGCCAGGAUCUGUCGAGGCUAUACAAGCUGUCAUCAAUGUUGCAAGUGGAAACCCGCAUUUCCCAGUCAUGCUACAAUGGACAGGCGGGCGUGGUGGUGGUCAUCAUUCAUACGAGGAUUUUCACCAACCUAUUUUACAAAUGUAUGGCCGAAUAAGACGAUGUGAAAAUAUAGUCUUGAUUGCAGGCAGCGGUUUCGGAGGAUCAGAGGACACGUAUCCAUACUUGACGGGAACGUGGGCCCACAAAUUUGGCUAUGCAGCAAUGCCGUUCGAUGGCUGUCUAUUUGGUAGUCGUAUGAUGACUGCCAAGGAAGCACAUACAUCAAAGAACGCAAAGAAGGCCAUUGCUGAGGCCGAAGGUGUUGACGACAGCCAGUGGGAGAAGACUUAUAAGGGACCCGUUGGUGGUGUUAUCACCGUUCGCUCGGAGAUGGGAGAGCCAAUCCACAAGCUUGCAACACGAGGCGUCAAGUUCUGGGCUGAGAUGGAUCAAAAGAUCUUCACUUUGGACAAAGCCAAGCGCUUGCCAGAAUUGAAGAAGAUGCGCGAAUACAUCAUCAAGAAGCUCAACGACGACUUUCAGAAAGUAUGGUUUGGACGCAAUGCUGCCGACAAAGUUGUCGAUCUGGAGGACAUGACAUAUGGCGAGGUCGUAAAAAGGAUGGUAGACCUCAUGUACGUCAAGCAUGAAUCGCGAUGGAUUGAUGCAUCUUUAUCGCGCCUUACUGUCGACUUCAUUCGCCGGUUAGAGGAGCGCUUCACCUCAACACCCGGCAAAUCAUCCAUCAUACAAGCCUACUCUGAGAUGGACAAACCAUAUCAGGUGGUCGACACAGUCUUGAAGACAUAUCCGGAAGCUACCGAACAGCUGAUCAAUGCUCAAGACGUGCAGCAUUUUCUCCUACUUUGUCAGCGCCGCGGACAGAAACCCGUUCCAUUCGUACCAUGUCUCGAUGAAAAUUUCGAAUUCUUUUUCAAGAAAGACUCUUUAUGGCAGUCCGAGGACCUUGAAGCUGUCGUUGAUCAAGAUGUCGGCAGGACCUGCAUUCUCCAAGGUCCGACUGCCGUGAAAUAUUCGCAUGCCAUCGACGAACCAGUCAAGGAUAUACUUGACGGUAUUCACGAAGAUCAUAUCAAGGGACUCACAACCGACGUCUAUGGUGGCAGAGAUACGACGAUACCAAUCGUCGAGUACUUCGGCAGUAAAUUCAUCAUUGAAGAUGCCGCUGACGAGGACGUCGACGGGUUGACCACAUCGCGAAACGGUGACAUGAUUAGCUACCGGAUUUCUUCUGCCCCUAAUGCAACUUUACCCGAUGCAGAGGCUUGGUUGCAUCUGCUUGCUGGCAAGGCGUAUUCAUGGCGAUAUGCACUGUUUACCUCCGAUGUCUUUGUUCAAGGCCAGCGAUUCCAGACAAAUCCGCUGAAGCGCAUAUUCACGCCGACGAAGGGUAUGCUCGUUGAGAUGCUCUAUCCUGAUGAUGCUGAAAACACCUUGAUCGUCGUCAAGGAACCCUCUUCUUCCGGUAUGGUCAAGACUGUUGAGAUCAGCAUGACUAAGGGCAAAGACAUUGCUGUGAACCUCAUCGAACCAAGAACAGCCGAAGGAGAACCUGUAGCAUUGCCGCUCAAAUUCACCUACCACCCAGAAGCUGGCUAUGCUCCCAUCCAUGAAGUCAUGAAAAACCGGAAUGACCGUAUCAAGGAAUUUUAUUAUAGAAUCUGGUUUGGUGCACAUGAAAAAGUUCCAUUUGACGCUCCUGCAACGAGUACCUUUGAUGGAGGUCGCGCGACUGUCACGAGCAAAGCUAUAGCUGAUUUUGUUCAUGCUGUUGGCAACACAGGUGAGGCCUUUGUGGAAAGGCCAGGUAAGGAGGUCCUGGCGCCUAUGGAUUUCGCCAUCGUCGUAGGAUGGAAGGCAAUUACGAAGCCUAUCUUUCCAAAGUCUAUCAAUGGAGAUUUGUUGAAGUUGGUACAUCUAUCAAAUGGUUUCCGUAUGGUCCCAGGUGCCGAGCCGUUGAAGAGGGGAGACGUCGUCGAUACAACAGCCCAAAUCAAUGCCGUCAUCAACCAAGAUUCAGGCAAGAUGGUCGAAGUGAGUGGCACAAUUAAACGAAGAGGCAAACCUGUGAUGGUUGUUACGAGUCAAUUCUUGUACCGUGGCACUUAUACCGACUUUGAGAACACUUUCCAACGCAAAGACGAGAUACCAAUGCAGGUUCAUCCCAGCUCAUCCAAGGAUGUUGCCGUUUUACGCUCCAAAGAAUGGUUCAACAUGGAUGACCCUGAUAUUGAACUGCUCAAUCAGACUCUCACUUUCCGCCUCCAAACACUGGUACAUUUCAAGAACAAGACUGUAUACAAAUCGGUGGAAACUAUUGGCGAGGUGCUUCUGGAGCUUCCAUCAAAGGAAGUCAUUCAAAUUGCUUCUGUUGACUAUCAAGCAAGCGUGUCCCAUGGCAACCCUGUCAUAGACUACCUUCAGCGCUACGGUUCCUCCAUUGAGCAGCCUAUGAAUUUUGAGAACCCUAUUCCACUCAGCGGAAAGACUCCUUUAGUCCUCCGAGCUCCUGCAUCAAACGAAACAUACGCCCGUGUGUCUGGCGAUUACAACCCUAUCCACGUCUCAAGAACGUUUGCGAGCUAUGCAAAUCUUCCAGGCACAAUCACGCACGGAAUGUACUCGAGCGCAGCUGUUCGCAGCUUGGUAGAGACAUGGGCUGCAGAGAACAAUGUCGGUCGCGUUCGAAGCUUCCAUUGUAGCCUUGUUGGGAUGGUUUUACCAAAUGAUGACAUUCAAGUCAAGCUUCAGCAUACCGGCAUGGUGUCUGGCCGCAAGAUUAUCAAGGUUGAGACCACUAAUCAAGUCAGCGAAGAGAAGGUCUUGCUUGGUGAGGCAGAGAUCGAGCAGCCUGUCUCGUCAUACGUCUUCACUGGCCAAGGAUCUCAAGAGCAAGGUAUGGGUAUGGAUCUGUAUAAUAGCAGUCCUGUCGCAAAAGAAGUAUGGGAUCGUGCAGAUGCUCACUUCAUGGAGAACUAUGGUUUCUCCAUAACCAACAUUGUGAAGAAUAAUCCUAGAGAGCUAACGAUACAUUUUGGAGGACCACGUGGAAAAGCCAUUCGCGAGAACUACAUGUCCAUGACCUUCGAAUCGAUUAACGCGGAUGGUUCUGUAAAGUCUGAGAAGAUCUUCAAAGAAGUCAACGAGAAUACUACCUCCUACACCUAUCGAUCACCGACCGGCCUGCUUUCAGCUACUCAAUUCACACAACCGGCUUUGACUCUCAUGGAGAAAGCCAGUUUCGAAGACAUGCUCUCAAAAGGCCUUGUGCAAAAGGACAGCAGCUUCGCAGGUCACUCAUUGGGCGAAUACUCCGCGUUGGCUGCGCUGGCCGAGGUCAUGCCUAUCGAGAGCUUGGUGGCAGUAGUCUUCUACCGCGGCCUGACCAUGCAAGUAGCAGUAGAACGUGACGCCCAAGGCCGAUCGAAUUACUCAAUGUGCGCUGUGAAUCCUAGCCGCAUCUCCAAAACCUUCAACGAACAAGCCCUUCAAUACGUCGUCGAGAACAUCGCCGAAGAGACUACCUGGCUCCUAGAAAUCGUCAACUACAAUGUCGCGAAUAUGCAGUACGUUUGCGCCGGAGAUCUCCGCGCCCUCGACUGUCUCACAAACGUGACCAACUUCCUCAAAGCCCAAAAAGUCGACAUUCAAUCCCUCAUGCAAACCCUUUCCAUCGAAGACGUUAAAUCCCGCCUACGAACCAUCAUCCAAGAGUGUGCCCUCCAGACUAAGCAGAAACCCAGACCCAUAAGCCUCGAGCGCGGAUUCGCCACGAUCCCUCUCAAAGGCAUUGACGUCCCGUUCCACUCCACCUUCCUUCGCUCGGGCGUCAAGCCCUUCCGCAGCUUCUUGAUGAAGAAAAUCAAUCGCACGUCUAUCGAUCCGGGCAAGUUGGUGGGGAAAUAUAUUCCAAAUGUCACGGCCAAGCCGUUUGAGAUUAGUAAGGAGUACUUUGAAGAGGUUUAUAGAUUGACGAACAGUCCGCGAAUUGGGCAUGUGUUGAGUAAUUGGGAGAGGUAUGAGAAUGCAAGGAGUGCGAGUGAGGCGAUUACGCCGAGGAGUAGGGGUAACACAUUGGUCAAUGGUGUUUAA